CAUGUCCCAAUUCCUGGAAGCUGGAAAUGAUCUUCCAAGGCUUGUUUAAUCAUGUUGCCUAUUGCGCAUAUUUGGGAUAGUCUAGAUCGAUGCGUUAAACAGCGUGUUCCAGAUCCCGCUAAUAUCCAAUAAUUUCCCACAACCAUUGAAGAGGAAUGGGAAGGACAUUUGUAGCACUGUUUGAAAAGAUACCGUAAAUACAUUUGAGAGUAGAUGUUACUAAUGAACUUCAGCAUGUGUGUUUUGCCUAGUGGGAUGCUCUGUUAAACACGUUCAGCACAUGCAAGCUUCAGGUAGCAUGCGAAAAAGGGACAUUCCAAAUAAACCGAUGAACUUCAGGUCACUCUUGUGACCUAACUCAUGCAAUCCAUAUUCCACUUACAAAUAAUAAAAUGAGUAUAACAUCCUAAUGACCAAAUCCCUCAUGUCGUUUUGUAACAGACCACAGAGACAAUUGAAUAAAAAAAAUAAAUAAUUCAACCAUUUUAAAAGUACAUUGAAAAGGAAUCUCACACCUUUUCACACGUCGAUUCACAAUCAGUAAAACAAAUGCAUGUGUCGUAUCAGGCACACCCAUCAUGACAAACCCCCCAGCCAGCACAACCCUGUCAUCACGGACCUUGUUUCUGGUGCCCUGCAUCGCAACCCUGCAAGGCGCGCAGCUCAUCACUAUAUAUACCCUGCUCGGGUAAAGUGGGAGCAGGGCAGUGGUUUCCAAACUGGGCCCCCGCAUCACCUGUUCACCUUGCUCACCCUAGCGUCGACACACAUGCGCGCAUGCAAACAUACGUAUACAGACACACACGUUCUGGAAGUGGGGACUUGUGGCCUCGGGCCUGUGGGCUUACAAGGAAAACAGAGAUCCAAAUGUGUGGAUCAACACUUGGGUUCCGGCCUGCGUUUGCAAUCAUUUUAAACUCACUGACAUAUCAAGCAGAAUAAUUGCAUUUAUAUUCUGUGCUAUUUUCAUUACCCCCCCACCGCAUAAUAAUGAAUACUGUGAACGACCCGAAUGUGACUUUAAGAACUAGUUUAGGUUUUCUGGCUGCUGUGUAACACGACCCGUGGCUUGCGACAGCUGGAGGAGUGAGACGACGAGCCAUUCGGAAAUAACCUCUCGCUUUCGCUCUCUUCCAAUUUGUACUUCACUCAAAUCUGGGACUGUGCGUAAAGAUCGUUUAACUUUGAGAUGGCAACGCAUUCCCUUUGGAUGUGCUUUGUUGCAGCUGUAGGCCUUCUCUGGGGUGUGACAGCACCAGUGAGUUGUAAUGAGGAGUCUAAACUGAUUGGAGACCUGUUCAAAGGUUACAACAAGAACAUUCGUCCAGCAGCACACCCUACAGACAAGGUGGAGGUUAAGGUCAAGCUGAUCCUCACUAACCUCAUAUCCCUGAAUGAAAAGGAAGAGACUCUCACAACUAAUGUUUGGAUUGAGAUUCAAUGGAAUGAUCUCCGCCUGGCCUGGAACACAUCGGAGUAUUUUGGCAUUGAGAUUAUCCGUGUGCCUUACAACACAGUCUGGCUCCCGGACAUCGUUCUUGAGAACAACAUUGAUGGCAAGUUUGAUGUGGCAUAUUAUGCCAAUGUGUUGAUCUACUCCAGUGGGUACAUGUACUGGCUCCCUCCAGCUAUCUACCGUAGCACAUGUGCAAUAGAGAUCACCUACUUUCCCUUUGACUACCAGAACUGCACCUUAGUCUUCAGGUCCCAGACAUACAGUGCAAACGAGUUGGAGAUCAUACUUGCUGUUGAUGAAGAAAGCCAAAAGCCCAUUGAGUGGGUGGACAUCGAUCCCGAGGCUUUCACUGAGAAUGGUGAGUGGGCCAUAAAGCACCGACCAGCUCGGAAGCUGACCAACUCACACUACACUCCUGAUGACCUGGAGUACCAGGAAAUCUCCUUCAACCUGGUUAUUCAGAGGAAACCUCUGUUCUACAUUAUCAACAUAAUCCUGCCCUGCUCACUCAUUUCCUCCCUGGUAGUGCUGGCCUACUUUUUACCUGCACAGGCUGGGGGACAGAAGUUGACUGUGUCCAUCUCUGUUCUGCUGGCUCAGACUGUCUUCCUUUUUCUUAUUGCUCAGAAAGUCCCUGAGACCUCUCUCAAUGUCCCACUCAUUGGCAAGUACCUCAUCUUUGUCAUGUCUGUGACAACACUAAUCGCUACCAACCAAAUUGUGGUGCUCAAUAUCUCUCUUCGCAGUCCCAAUACCCACACCAUGUCAUACACGAUCAAACAUUUCUUCCUGGAUGUUGUCCCUCGAUUCCUGGGCAUGGCCCCUCUGGUUGAGGAUGAAGAGGCGGAGGUAGAGGUGAAUGGAGUAAGGGAGCGACGGCGUAGCUCGUUCGGCCUAAUGCAGAGAGCGGAGGAGUAUGUGCUGAAACAACCACGAAGCGAGAUGAUGUUUGACAAACAGAGAGAGAGGCACGGCCUCACGCGAUCAUUUGUGGAUGGUAUUGAUGUGAGCACCACAGCCAGUCUGUACAAGAGCCUAGCACAAGCUGCUCCUGAGAUCAAGGAAUGUGUGGAUGCCUGCAACUGCAUUGCUGAGAGCACAAAGCAAACAAAUAACAUUGGAUCAGAAAUGGAGAGCUGGGUAUUGAUCGGGAAGAUGAUUGACAAGGUGUGUUUCUGGGUGGCCAUGGCACUCUUCUCCAUCGGAACAGUCGCCAUCUUCCUAACAGGACAUUUCAACUCUGUCCCUGAGUUUCCAUUCCCUGGGGAAAACAAACGGUACCUCCCCAGUUAGGACAGCAGUGCAAAACCCCAUCCCUUAUCUGGUCACAGGAUUUGUCACGCACCGUCGUCAUUGACUUCAUCAUUUGCAGUAACAUAGUCUUUCUCAUUUUGAUUCUUUCAAAGUAUGUUUUAACAGUAGGUGACUUAAAUUUAUAGUCUUGGCAUCACUUACUUUUGGAUCAAUAUUUCAUACUGUUUUACCCUGUUGUUUGUAUUGUAUUGUAUAUCAAGGCUUGUCUAAAUGUAUUUGUCUAGCCCUAAAUGUAUUUGUCUAAUCCAAGCAACAGUUAAUUGUCCCAGGGAGUAGUAAAUAAAACAGUAGCACAUUGUUUUACACUAGAAAAGCCCACAGGUUUUAAUAUCACAGACAAAGUAAACAUUUAAUGAAAUCCUUACAGCAACAACAACAUCAAAACAUGCAAGGAUUGUAUAGAAAUAGUCUAAUUCUGCCGUACUUUAAUAUUUACAUUUCUAUUUUACUGUAGAGUAUUGUUAGAAGCUUUGUGAAUAAAGGUGAGAAAUAAUAAUGGAAAGCAUUGUGUGAUCACAGAGUGUAGUGUGUGUGCUGUGAAACGUGUCUACAUGUUAAACUAUAUCAUGAAUCCUUUGAGUGACAGGAUAGGCCAUGGAAUCCUGUUUCAAUGUUUCAUUGGCCAACUAAUGUUUUUUAAUACAGUACUUGGAGAAAAAAAUCUGGUAUUUACACAACCGUUCAAAAGUUUGGGGUCACUUG